AGAAAAACAUAGAGGCUGAUGAUUAAUUUUUACGGAGAAACAACGUUUAUUCAGUCACGUCGUUAUAAAUGCAUGAAAACAUGGUUUAGCUGGGCGGAUUUGAAAUUUAAAGUCAACAAAGGUCAUGGCAUCUAAUGUACCGUAUAGCAUGAAAAAUGAGCUGUUGAAUUCAGCAGACGAGGAGGACAGCGACGUUUCCGAAAUAGCAACACGUACAAGACGAUCAAAGAAGAAGGAACGAGCUCCUAGACCUUUAGAACCCAAUGUUGAGGUGCAGAAUAAUCUUGAACAUGCUGAAAGAAGCGGGGAAGUAAGUGAAGACAGAGAUCUAGGGUAUGGAGGUGUAUGGUCGGCAAAUAAGUUUCAAGCCUCAUCAAGCUCAUAUGGUGCAAAUUCUGAUAGGAGAAAAACAGAAAGUGUUGGUGGAAACUCACUAGAAUUUGAUUCUCAAGAAGAUGUUAGUAACUUUAAAAAAGAAGCACUAUUUUGGCUAAGACACCCAAGAAUAAGAGAAAAUUGGAAGACUGUAACAGCAGCUUUUUUGCUUUUUGUGGCUGGAAUUGCUUUUCUUUUAGCUGGAAUAAUUCUGGCAGCUACAAAGCAGGAUGGAAUGAAGAGUGUUAUAUUUUUUGUGUGUGCUGCUAUCUGCAUUCUUCCUGGAGGAUAUCACAUAAUUUACAUAUACAGAGCUACAAAAGGGCAAAGAGGCUACAACUUUGAGAGUAUACCUUCAUUCCAAUGACAAAAUAAUAAAUAUAUCUUCACAGUGUCAUUCAUUUGUAGCUGUCUGUGACAGUGUGGUUUAGAAAGUAUUCUCAGAUAAUUGUACCAUUUUUUUUUUUUUUUUUUUUUU